GAGAUUUACCACACAUUUUGUUGUAAUAUAACAACAACAACAAUGUUUACUAAUAAUAUUUUUAAUUUAAUUAUAUUAUUAGUGAUAUUACUAUUGACAUCAAAUCAAAUUAGUCAUUAUUGGUGUCAAGAUAUUAUACAUUUGGCGACUACCGAAACAACAGUAUCACAACUGGACAGUCAAAGUCAGGCAACGGUUACACUUAUUUAUCAAACAUUACAACAAAAUCAAUGUUACAAACAAACAAUUUCUGAUAUAAAAAAUUGUACCAAAAGUAAGGCUAGUGAUAAUGAUUUUGAAUUAUAUCAUAAUAAUCGCAUAUUUCAAUGCUGUCAAUUGGCAAUUGAAUUUGAUUGUUCACUGUUAACUGCAAAGACUAAAUGUAACACAAUCUUGGAAAGUACUCUGAAACUAGCCAUUGAUAAUAUGAAAUAUCAGUUAAAUAACGAUAAUAAUGCAUUAUGUAAGGGUAAUCCUAUUGAAACUGGCCGAAAGUGGUCAUUUAAUAACAUCAGGUGCUCUGGUAGUAGUUUUACAUCAGGCCUACCAAAUACUGUAAAUAUCACUAUUUUGCUUAUUAUAGUUGCAAUGGUAAAUAAUUAUGUUUUUAUACUACAUUAUAUCGAAAUUUAUAUUGGUAAGUUAGGUACACUAUGA